AUGAGGCUUAAGCUGACCAUAGAGAUGCCACACAAACAUGUUCUGUUCAAAGGCAACCUUGUCAAAGAUAACUGGAAUCCCGUUUGUUUUGGUUACGACACCGAUCAGAAUGAGGCAUGGGCUGCUUUACAAGGAAGGUUCCUAAAUGUAUCUCGGACUCAAAAGUUAAAGACCACUAGUAAAAUAUCUGCGGUGUGCAUCAGGGCCCCCAAAUGCUCCACGAGAGGAUGUUUACAAGGCUACGUAGCGGCAGUGUCCAUGCAAGAGGGCAUGCCAGACAUGCAAGACCACGGCAUUGCAACGUGCAAUGCCGUGGUGCUGGCUAGCAUUGUUUCUCCCGCUGUUGAUGGCACUUGGAUUGGUGAGGCUGGGCUCUGGAGGACCGAGUACAAACGGGAAGAAUUGUGCUCUAAUGCCAUUCAAAACCUGUGGAUAACAGAGCCUGGUAGUUAUGCAGACCACUUGAAAACAUGCACUGUGUUUGGAGGGCAUCUUGUAAAAAAAGAAGCGACAACACCUGUCCUGGUCAAAAAGGCAGCCAGUGCACCCAAGAAAUGCAUCAAAGGCAGCAUUACACGUGUAUCUUGGCUUGACCACGACCUCCAGGAAGAUAGCCCUUUAAAUGCUCAGUGCCCAGUCUUGCUUAUCAAUGGGACCAUUGGCUCCCAUUUUUGCAUCGGAGAGCUGGAAUGUAGUCUUUGUCGAGUUUCAAAGUGGAUGCGUUUUACACUUUAUGGUGCCAUCUAUGAUUUUGAUAGGUUCUACUUCUUGAGGAGUCUACCUGAUGGAAAUUUUCACUUUGAGGGAUUAUAUUCUUCUUCUUUAAUAUCCUUAAAAGGAAAUUCAUGGGUGCUAAGUUCACAUCUGCAUCGUCACUAUUGGCAACUAACUGAAGGUUUUCAGGUAGUGGGGCGACACAGCUGGCACUCUGGCAACAGCCACUCUCUCCUGACACUCACAUCAUGCACCAUGUCACAGUUCUCCUCUGACGAAGGCUACUGUCUCCCCAGAAAUCAGCGAUGUAAUAGCUUGGUGGAGUUUGCAGAUGGUAGUGAUGAAGAGAAAUGCCUCGAAAGGACAGUCGAGAAAGGCCCUAGUUAUGAAUCUAUUCUGCCUCCAAGUCACAAAGAUAAUGCAAUGAUUAAUGUAUAUUAUGCAUUUCACAUAAAGAACAUUAAGGAAAUCACUACUAAAACUGGAGUAGCAAAAAUUGACAUACAAGGUGUCCUUCAAUGGGCCGAUUCUCGACUUCAAUUAAGGGACAUCGGGUAUGCGGAUUUUACGAUCUUCAAUUGCAAUGAGAUAUGGCACCCCAAGCUAGGCAUCCGUGCAGGAUAUAUGAGUACCGGAGAAGAAAUUAACUUUCAGGUGUACACUUCAGAAUGCAUUGUGGCUCCCUCAUCGAACCACCGUCAUUAUGCCAUGGAUGACCCAUACAUGGGCAGAUUUGUUCAUGGUAAAGAUGACAACUUGACCAUGUAUAUGCACCUACUUCUGGAACUUCCAUGUAACUUUGAACUUCACCGUUACCCCUUUGGAUUCCAUCAGUGUAAUGCCACCUUUUAUUUGAAAUCAUUUGACACGGAUAAGGAACUAAAACCACUGAUUGAAUCUGGCGAGAUUAAAUAUGAUGGAAACACAAAUCUCUUAGAUUACCAACUGCUCAAGACAACAUUUGAGAAAACGGGUACCUAUGCCAUGCUGACCCUGCAUUUAAAGAGUCAGUGUGACUACCACAUUCUGAAUAGUUUCUCACCGAGUGCUCUUAUGUUUAUCAUCUCAUACGCCACCCUCUUUUUCCCACUGGCCUCUACUAGCGACAGGAUCAUGGUCUCCCUCACAGCCCUCCUCGUUUUGGCUGCACUCUUUGCUCAGGCAUCCGGUUCUUACGUUAAAACACCCUACUACAAGCUGAUCGACAUCUGGUAUGCUAUUAUGAUUGGCCUCUGCUUCACUGUGGUCAUGGUCAACAUGGUUGUUGGCUGCCUGCAUCACACUCCUGUGUACCGGCCCAGGGAAGGUGAAGACAAUUCCACUCAUGGCACGUUAAACCUCACCCCAAGGAAGGUGAUGGUCAUUAAUGUGGUGUGUAAGGGGUUGCUUGUUGCUCUUUUUGUCACUUGGGUCACAAUCUUUGCUUUAUUUGCAACAAAUGUGAUUUAA